AUGACAGUCCACAACCACAUCUGCGGUCUCUAUUACAUCUUGCCCAACCAUCCGUCGUACUCGAGGCCGCUGAGGGAGUACUUACCCCAACUCUCGCUCUCAGCCCAUGCCAAGAUUGUCUCGACGACCAGUCGGACCACCUUGACCCAGACAUUUGUCAACCCUAGGGCCGAGGCCAUCCCCGAGCUGAGGUACACCUUCCCUCUGUACGAUGGCGUCUCGGUCGUCGGCUUCAUCUGCACCAUCAACAACGACCGCGUCAUCCGAGGUGUGGUCAAGGAGCGGGCAGAGGCGCGCAAGACUUACACGGACGCCGUCGCACGCGGCGAGACUGCUGGUCUCCUCGAACAGCUACCGAGUGCAAGUGAUGUCUUCACCACCACCAUCGGCAAUGUGCCCGCCAAUGCCACCAUCAAGGUCGACAUCACGUAUCUGGGCGAGCUAAAGCAUGACGCCGAGGUCGACGGGAUCCGCUACACAAUUCCCACCUCCAUCGCCCCGCGCUUUGGCAACUACCCCGGCGAGUUACUGCGGGCGAGCACACUCCGAAACGACAGCGGAAUCAGCAUCGUGGUCGAUGUCGAGAUGCCCAAUGGCUGCACCGUCAGGAACGUCCAGUCACCUUCGCACCCCAUCUCAGUGACGGUGGGAAACACUUCGGUCGGCACUGCUCAGGGCCAGGAGAUGUCUCUCCAAAAGGCCUCGGCAACUCUCUCACAGGCUACUACAGAACUAGGCGACGACUUUGUUCUGCAGAUCGUGGCAAGCGGCGUCGACAAGCCCGUGGCAGUGCUAGAGACACAUCCGACCAUCCCCAACCAGCGGGCCUUGAUGGCCACGCUUGUGCCCAAGUUCAACCUUCCUCCCUCGCGGCCCGAAAUUGUGUUCCUCUGUGACAGAUCGGGGUCAAUGCGGGGCGGCAAUAAGAUUGACAAUCUCAAAACCGCCCUGCACAUCUUUCUCAAAUCUUUACCCGUGGGCGUCAAGUUCAACAUCUGCUCUUUCGGCUCGCGCCAUGAGUUCCUUUUCCCUGAUGGAUCUAAGACCUACGACGCUGUCAGUCUCGAGCAGGCCACCCAGUAUGUGGAUAAAUUUGAUGCAAACUUCGGAGGCACCGACAUCUACAGCCCGACCGAGGACGCCAUCAAGAAACGCUACAGAGACAUGGACCUGGAGAUCAUCAUUGUGACGGACGGCGAGAUUUGGGACCAGGAUAAGCUUUUUAACUUGGUGACCAAAAGCGUCUCUGAGAGCAAUGGCGCCAUCAGGGUAUUCACCUUGGGGAUAGGCAGCAACGUUAGCCACUCGCUCAUCGAAGGUGUAGCCCAAGCCGGCAACGGCUUCUCCCAAACCGUUAGCGACAACGAGAACAUGAGCGGCAAGGCAGUUCGCAUGUUGAAGGCGUCUCUGAUGCCACACAUCCGGGAUUACACCUUGGAGGUUAGAUACGAAACGCCGGCUAAAGAUCAAGCCGAGGAUGACUUCGAGGUUGUCGAGGUUGAGAAAGUCAUGGAUGCAAUGAGCAUCGACGUUGUCGAGCCGCAACAGCAGCACAAGGAACCUCCCAAACAGCCCAUCUCGUUGUUUGAUGAAUCUGCCAACCCGGACGUCGAGAUGACCGAUGCCUCCCUCGACACCACCGCAGGUGGCAAAUACUCGCAUGUCCCGUAUGUGCUAGAGCCAAAGCUCUUGCAGGCCCCCUUUAUCAUCCCGGCGCUCUAUCCGUUCAGCCGCACCACCGUGUUCCUACUCAUGUCGCCAGGGACGGUGCAGAGGCAGCCCAAAGCCGUUGUCCUCCGCGGCACAUCCGCCCAUGGACCGCUGGAGUUGGAGAUUCCCGUGGCGGUGCUCCCAGAGAAGGCUGAAACAAUCCACCAGCUUGCCGCUCGGAAGGCCGUCAAGGAGCUCGAGGACGGCCGUGGUUGGAUCUACCACGCCAAAGACGCAAACGAUGACAAAGGCCAGCUGCUCAGAGACAAGUAUCCGGGCCGGUACCAUGACAUGGUAGAGCGAGAGGCCGUCCGGCUCGGCGUGACCUACCAAGUCGGCGGCAGGUGGUGCAGCUUCGUAGCUGUCGAGGCGACUGCGGAGAAAGCCUCCGAGACAGCGGCUCCGCUGCAUGAGCCCGCUUCUAGUUCAUCUUCCAGAUCCAGAUCGUCGAGUCCCAAGCGCGACCUGACUCAGUUUAUGUACCCUACCGACGCAAUGUUCGGGCGCGGGGUCGGGCAGACGGCCAUCGCUAGCUUCGCGCAAUACGCUUCCAGCUCAACACCCAACAAAAGACUUCGCGGUCCACUGCCUGCUCCGACAACAAUGACCUUCGGGAAGGCGCCCAGGAAGCAAUUAGCCAGCAUGGCGGCGCGCAAGAGCGCCCCUAGCACCGGCGGUGUUUCAUUGAAUAUUCCCGGCGACGACAAGCUCAGCCCGAUCGUGGCACUGCAGACCUUUGCCGGGUCCUGGGACUGGGAUGACAACCUGCUGGACCUGCUUCAUAUUGACGCCGACUCGGACCUGCCGGCUGCUGCGCAAGAGGUGGUGGACCAGCUUGGCGGCAAGUCAGACACGCUUGCCACGGCACUGGUGCUUGUCCACCUUGAGUUGAGGCUUGCAGAUAUGAAGGACCAGUGGGAGAUGCUGGCUGAGAAGGCUAGGGGCUGGCUGCAGGAUGAGCUGCUCAAGGAGGGCAAGUUUGGCUUGGAUGAGUUCCUCGCUGAGGCGAAGAAGAUUCUUCAGCUCGCUGCCAUUGUUGAAGAUGACCCUGAUGCUAAUAUCUGA